AACCAGAGAACCAGAAUAGGACGGGCUCUGUCGAAACUAGAGAAGGGGUUAGUUAAGGGCGAUACAUGGCCUAUUCCACACACAAAACAAUAACAUAAAAAAGUAAAGGAGAGAUUAGAUUUCUCUGCAUCAGAAACAUUUCAAAGACCUUGCACCUUUAUUUUGACGACAACCUCAACUGCAGAUUGCCCAUUGAUCGGAAGUAAGAGCCGGAAGUGGAGGUCAACAACGAACGAUAACGAAUUCGAAAUCGGGCGGUCUAAGCUCAGGAAUGUGGUCACUGUAAACUUUCUAAAACAUAAUAAUGGGAAAUUCUGAAGAUUUUCAGCGUCAGUUUGCAGCUCUCAUGAAGAAUAUUUUACAUUCUGCGGUUACUGAAACGACAAAACUUUUCGAGAGCGCAAUGCAUGAAAUGAAAACAGAGCUCAUGUGGAUAAGAAAACAGAACGAUAAAGUUACAGAUAAUGCUACUAUUUGCUCAAAACAGGGGGGAUGUAUACCAAACUGUCAAGGAAAUCCAUGCAAACGAGAUAUAGGCGUACAAUGUGCAACACCCACCCUGGUGGAGGAGUCCAACAGCUCUUCACAACAUGUAGAUAUAGACAAAAACAGACUUUCAGAUCUAUUCCCAGGUUUCCUGCAGGAUGAAAACCAACAAUUUACAUUGCUUUUUAUUAAGCCAGAGGAGCCAGACAUGUGUGAUUACACCCCUGCGUGUCUCCUGCCGAAGCUUGCAGACAACCAGCCAAGGCCCAUUCUGGUACAGCACAUUGAGGCCCCAAUUAUGAAUCAAGAAACUGGACUGUUGUUAGGCAGGCUGUCUCCAUGCAAGGGCCUUACAGAUAAUCCCACAGCCCCAUCUACCCAUAAUCACACUGCGUCCCCACCUCAGUCUGUGCAAGAGCCAUCUGCACCUGAAACUCUACAAAGCCAAAAAUUAAAUCCUUUACAGGAAUUCCAUGCCUCUGUAGACCCUUUGCCUGACAGAGUGGAGGAAAAGCCUGUCCUGCUGCUGCAACCACCCACACCUACAUCAUACAGUACCCAGAGAGAUGCAACCGAUGGAAGCAUAUCUGCUGCACCAAAGGAUGUAGCUAAAGUGAGCUAUGGAGAUCAGCCCAGAAGGUUAAGUGCUAGGAAGUCAAAGUCAGUAUACCGCCGUGCAGUGGAUCUAGAAAUCCCACAACCCAGUUCAGAAAAUAUCCCACAAGCAAAUGACGCCAUUUCCCCCACACGCCUUGCUCCUGCUGAAGUUCACAAGGAAACGAGCAAGAAGAGUUCCAAGCAGCUUAGCAGGAACCAGAUUGAUAAAAAUCAAAAUGACCGAGAACAACAUCGCACAAACAAAAGACAAAAGAACCAGUGUGAAGUGUGUGAUCUUGUUCUCAGCAGUUCCUCUGCUCUGAAGCACCACUGGAAAGUUCACGGAGCAGAGAGAGACAGUGUCUGUUACAGGUGUGGGAAGAUUUUUCCCAAUGAUAGAAGCCUCAAAUGUCAUCUGCGUACUCACACAUUGGGCAAGCCUCAGUCCUCGGAGGAUGUUGCUACUCUAGAAAUAGAGCCAGCUGAUAGUGACAUAGAUCAGGAAAGCUUGGGAUUACACCAAAAUACACAUCAAGAUCAGCCUAGACGGUUAAGUGCUAGGAAGUCAAAGUCAGUAUACCGUCGGUUGGUGGAUCAGGAGACGCCUCAACUUCAGGCAGAAAAUACCCAGCAUAGGAAUGACACCAGUGAACCCACAUGCCAUGUUCCCACAAAGAUUCCCCAGAAAACAGAGAAGAAUUCUGAGCAACCUAGCAGAAACCAGCUUGACAAACAUGAAAAUGACAGAGAAAAACCUGACAUGAUCAAAAGACAAAAGAACCAGUGUGAAGUGUGUGAGCUUGUUCUUAGCAGUGCCUCUGCUCUGAAGCAUCACUGGAAAGUUCACAGAGCGGAGAGAGACAGUGUCUGUUACAGGUGUGGGAAGAUUUUUCCUGAUGAUAGAAGCCUCAGAUGUCAUCUACUUAUUCACACAUUGGGCAAGAGUAAUCAGCAGCCAGAGGAUGCAGCUACACCAAAAACAGAGCCAGCUGACUGUGAACUAGAUCAGCAAAGCUUGAUAUCACUUCAGAGGGUUAAUCAAGAUCAGUCUAGAAAGUUGAAUGCUAGGAAGUCAGUAUAUCGUCGGCUGGUGGAUCUGGAAACUACUCGACCCAGUCCAGAGAAUAUCCCGCAAUCAAAUGAACCAAGUGCUUCCACUUGCUAUGUUGCCACAAAGGUCUACAAGAAAACAGACAAGAGUUUCAGACAGCAUAGCAGGAACAAAUCUUACAAGAACCAACCUGGCAGGAACCACAGACACAAGAACCAGUGUAAGGUGUGCGGCCGAGUCCUCUGUAGUGCCUCUUCUCUGCUGCACCACCAAAGAGUCCACAAAGGGGAGAGACCCUUCGCCUGUGACGAGUGUGGGAAGGCUUUUUUUGACAAGAAAGGCCUCAGACGUCACCUUCUUAUCCACACAUUGGACAAGCGUAAUCGUUGCUCGGAGGAUGUAGCUAUAACAAAAACAGAUAAUGUAGACUGUGAAAUAGAUCAGCAGAGCAUGAGAUCACUUCAAAAGACUAAUCAAGAUCAGCCUAGAAGGAUAAGUGCUAGGAAGUCAAAAUCAGUAUACCGUCGCCAGGUGGAUCUGGAAGCACCUCAACCCAGUUCAGAAAACAUCCAGCAAAGCUCUGCUCUGCUGCACCACCAGAGAGUCCACAUGGACAGACCUUUUGUCUGUGACAGGUGUGGGAAAACGUUUCCUGAUGAGCAAGGCCUCAGACGUCACAGUGUUAUUCACACAAAGAGGCGUCACCAGUGCUUACAGUGUGGUAGAACAUUCCUCUAUCGCUACCUACUCACCCAUCAUCACCAGAUUAAACACACAGAUGAAAAGCCGUCUCCCUGCAGAGUCUGUGGCAAACGCUUUGCGUCCAAAGCGUCGGCGGCCGCUCACAUACGCCUGCACUCAGGAGAAAGGCUUCACAGCUGCAUUGUGUGCAGUAAGGAAUUCGUAGAAGAGAAGUCGCUGAAGAUUCACAUGCUGAGACAUGGAGAGAAGUCGUACAGUUGCCUGACUUGUGGCAAACGGUUUGUGAACCGCUCCGAUCUGAAAACGCACGAGCGCAUACACACUGGGGAGAAGCCUUAUGAGUGCAAGAUAUGUGGCAUGUCAUUCAGACAAUCAUCGCACCUUCGCUCUCAUGUCAGUAAUCGACACAACCAUUUAUGACGAGUAUCAUAGCACAGAAAAAUCAUUAGAGCAAAAAUGUGUAAUUAAGACAUUCCGUGUAAUAAUAUACACACAAACACAAUGGUAAAAAAUUGAUACCCAUUAGCUCAUGCCCAACUUACUUUAUAUAUACAUACAGCUAAAAUCUAUUUUAUUUUUAUUAAACUCUAAAUGAAAUACACCCAUUCUUGUUUUGUUAUUUGCAUUU